AUGAAGCUCAGUCCUUUAGAAGACCACUCGGCCCUAUUCCAGGUUCCUGGGACCAUCGUGCUGUCAGACGCGACCGAAACCGACCGCCUUGACCUUAAGCGAAACCCAAAAGGCGACAUCAUCCUCAGCCCACAGCCUUCAGAAGACCCCAAUGAUCCCCUCAACUGGCCGACAUACAAGAAAUUAACCGUCGUCAUCAUUCUGAUGUUUGGUUCCUGCGUUUGCGCUUCCACCAUCGGUCCCCUGCUCAGCGCCAGCUUGUUCGUUCUCUCCGAAGACCUGCACCGACCCCUCUCGGACAUUACGUUGACCACAGGCUACACGCUUCUGGCCUCAGGAUGCGCUGGGCCCUUGGUCUCAUCGAUUGCCCGCAAGCUCGGCAAACGCCCGGCAUUCAUAUUUUGUUCUUUCAUGGGCUUGCUGGGCUCUAUCAUCGGAGCCGUUAGUGCUUCAUACAACGGCCUGCUCGCCGCACGUGUUGUGCAGGGUUUCGCAACCUGUGCUUACGAGUCCCUCGUCAUCAGUGUUGUUGGCGACAUCUUCUUUGUCCAUCAACGCGGAUUGUAUUCCUCCUUCAUGAUAUUCACCCUCAAUUGCGUCUCCAACAUGAGCCCCAUCGUCUGCGGGCCGAUCACGAAUAAUCUUGGAUGGCGAUGGCUGUUUAUUCUUCUUGCAAUCAUUAUUGGCGUCCAACUGGCCCUCUGCUUCUUAUUCGUGCCCGAAACGACCUACCGGAGAGAUCCGCGCUACAACACCGACGAGACUGCGAAUACGAACCUUGAAGAACUAACAAAGAUCGAGCAUCAACACAAUGAAGUCCUCGAUGAACCGAUAGCGGACCGGGAUAAAUCCGUCAGGGAAGUCACGGGAAUUCCAAUUCCAAAGAAGAAGACGUGGCUCCAAGAACUGAAGGUCUACAAUGGCAUCAUGAGCGACGAAAGCAUCUUAGCUAUGUUUGCUGCUCCUUUCCUCUCCUGCACGAAUCUCGCGGUCUUCUGGAUGGUCAUUGUGUCCGGAGGGGUGACAUCGUUCUACGUCGCCGCCUCGUAUGUGGUUGCCCAGAUCUUUUCGCCACCACCGUACCUCCUCAACGCGUCCCAAGUUGGCUACACCUUUCUCGGACCGUUUAUAGGCGGAAUUCUGGGAACAUUGGCGGUAGGAGCCAUCAGCGACUCGAUUGCGCUUUGGCUCACGAAGCGAAAUAAGGGCAUUUACGAACCCGAGUUCCGUCUGGUCCCGAUCUUGCUAGGUCUGGCCGCUGGAGCCGGCUUCAUAGGGUUCGGCUAUGUCACGUCCAUGAGCGGCAGCGUCUACACUGCAAGCUUCCUCUGGGGUCUUUCCAUCUUCGGAGUCACGUUUGUCGUGGUCCCCUCGUCCGCCUACAUUAUCGACGCGUUCCGUGACCUUAGUCAUGAAGCUUUCAUCGCCGCGAUGAUGUUCAAGAACUUCAUUUUCUACGGAUAUUCCACCUUCAUGAACGACUGGACUGCUUCUGCUGGACCCCAUGCAGCGUUUUAUACUUUCGGCGGAGCCACGUUCGCGCUCGUGCUGACUACUGUUAUAGUCUACAUCUGGGGGAAGCGCUAUCGAAGCUUCUGGCACCGCCACAAUAUGUUCGAGAAGCUUCAUAUUCGCUCACAAGUAGAGAUGUAGUUCCGCGCUUGCAGAUGCGCUGCCAGCGCCAUUGAGUUAGUAAAUAAGUUAUUGAUGACAUGUCGUGUGUAUUGUAAGGUUUAACAGUCUAUAUAGUAGGCAAUUGAAGUUGUUGCAGCAUCACUCUUAGCUAGUAGACAUAGAGAACCAUAACUCGCUCAGUGACGCGUGGCCUUUACGGCUUCACGGUUGACCAAAGCAUUUGUGUAUGGGGCCUUGGGGUUGAGCGUCUUAAGAGGAGAGAAGCGAGACAGAUCGUACCGAUCAGAAUUCCACAGUGAGAAUCAAUCCUCUGCUCGAGGCGUUCAUCCCAAGAAUCUGUAGCCUGGUGUUAGUUUGAAGCAGGGUACUAGAAUGAAG